UACUGCAUAAGUCAAAGCACGUCAAGUUGGUGUCAACUUCCAGCAAUCUUUGACCGAACUGAUAAAAACCGCCGCAGGGUUUACUUAGCAAAUAUUUGUUAGAAAAGAUUUCACUUUGCACUGAACAAUAGGUUUCAGUGCUGACGUCGUUUCUACUUACAUCUUAACAAAAUUCAGGUGAAUAUAGGAAUCGACAUGUCAAAUACGGACACGGGCGAUACAACCGGCGGAUCUCCUGCAUCGCUUCAAGUGCCUCCACGAGAGGCUCUAAUUGCUACAGCUGUGAACUUCCUUCAAAAUGCAAAUGUUGUCCGAAGUCCCCUACAACAAAAGCAAAAGUUCCUUCGGUCCAAAGGUCUUACGGAGGAAGAGAUCCAGAUAGCCUGCGAACGUGCUGGGGUCUUUUCAACAGAUCCGAACAGUACUGUAAUCAAUAUGGGCAUCACCACUUCAGCAGGUAGUGGCCAAGGAUAUCGGAUAGCCGACCAGCGACCUACGACCCUGAUGAAAAUUAAGGAUGCACUCAGUUCCAUAGCCCUCGUCAGUGGCCUGGCAUAUGCCGUUUAUUUGUUCUAUAAGAAAUUUAUAGAACCGUUCCUAUUUGGCAAAAAGAAGCGGAAGACUGUGGAAGAAUGCAUUGAGAAAAUGGAGUCGAAAGUAGAAAAUCAAAUAAAGGAUUUAAACCAAGAAGUCUUACGAAUCCGUGAAGAACUUGCUCGCAGUAGCCAUCAAGAUUUCAUAACUCAAGAAAUUGGUAGUUUUAAAAGUGAUUUAGAAGCUAUUAAAGGUUUACUAUUGAAUAGGAAACAAUUUGCUAAUCCACUUCCGAUGGUUCCACCUUCAAUUCCUGCAUGGCAACUGACAUCUCAACGGCAUAGUGAAACAGAACCAGACAAAAAUGAUGACGCAGGCUCCGGAUCUGGGUCUUCGGAAACUGAAGUCGUAACUAAAAAUAGUGAUAGUAGUCUAGAAAUAAUGUAAACCUAAUACCAAAAAUGUAUAACUUUAUCUAAAAAGAUGGCAAGUGGCAUAUUUUAAGUCUUUCAAAUGAUCGAAUCAGUCCGGUUGUUCAUUAAGUGGUUAAAUUGAGUACAGAUUUAUAAACAUA